AUGGUGUGUAUUGUAACACUGACGGCGGUGGCUUUGGCAACAGUGUCAGCUUUCUCGAGGACCACGACAAGCAAGACUUGUGGACCAGAACGCUCUCGAAAUGGCCUUUUUCCGCCGAUUCCGAUUGGCGGCCAACACUUCCGGGGCAAGACAAAUGAAAGAGGACGUCGCUUGGCGUUGGGAACAGAUUCUGACCUCGCGCCAGCAAUGUAUAAUUUCUCCGGCGACCGCCACAACGUAGUCCGAUCUCCAGCAAUCGCACCGUUGUACAAGUGCGAGCAUCAAGAUCAGGGACAGGUACAAGACAAGGAUGACAACGAUGGCACCAACAAGACUCCACCUCCAUCCAAAACCGAGUCAAAUGGUUCGUCACCCUCCGACAGAGACUCGGUGACGCGAAAGCAGCAGUAA